AUGCCGCGAACCUGCAGGCAUCAGGCGCAGCUUAGCACCCGCCGCGGGCUGCGCCGGCUGCGGCGGGCCGUGCCUGCUGAGCCCGCGGAGCCUAGCGCUUUUAAGCUUGGAGGCGGGCUUGGUCCUGCAGAGGAGGAGGCAGUAGAGCAGGUGGCGCGUCCGCUGAUCGGAAUCAGAAGGAGCUCGCAGCCGGUGCAGUAUGCUAGCUGGGACGAGGGGCGCUCACAAGUGGCCGCCUACCUGGCUCGGCUCUACGGCGCAGUGGCGCGGAGCCGCUUGCAAAGCGGCGAAAGGCGACGGGCGCAGCUCCGUAUUUAUGCAAUAAAUGCCAUGGAGGCUUCUCCUCCUCCUCCCCUGCCGCAGUUGCCGACCAUGCUGCCCGCCAUUCGAGGCACGCUGCAGUGA